CUUUUUCAGCCCCCUUUAGCUCCGUCUUUUGUCAUCUGGCCCCCCAUCUUUUGUCAGCAAGAAAGCUCUGAUAUACCAGCGACACCGUACUUGCAUGAUGGACAAAGUUAGCAGCAGCCGACACACAUUUUAAAGUCAUAUUGAAUGUACAUUUGAUUAUAUGGUUUUCAAUUUGCCCAGUAAAAAGGUGCUGUGUCUUCUGGAUUCAUAUACAAAUCCUUUGUCAGAAGAAGUGUCAGGUCAAACACAGACCUUCCUGACAUCAUUGGGAGUCGACCAGUUGUAUAAAAGACCUGCACACACACACACACACACACACAAACAAACAUACACACACACACACACACGCCCUCACACAGAGAGAGAUACAGGCCGGGGUUAAGCAAACAUAGACAAGCAUCACUAUUUUCCAGGGAGUAUCCAUUAUUUCUGGCUUGGGGUCUCUAAUGGUAUUUCAUUGUAAUUGCUAUGAUGUCAGAGUGUCCGUCCGCCCCAAUGGCCUUCUAAAAACAAUAACAAGGACAGAUUGGUUCCAUUCACCGGUUAUUUGAGCAGAGAGAGAGAGAGAGAGGGGGACACAGGAGUCCGGCAGCUCGAAUCUCUGCAAGAUCCUCGGCUGAAAAGGAUGCAUCCCCACCCUCUGUCCCUCGCUGUCCUCCUCCUCCUGGUUGCCAAGGCAGCCGUGAUGUGCGUUGCCGUGACGACCGCGCUCCACGGUUUCCGAGGCUGCGCCGUGCGAGAGUUCUCCUUCGUGGCCCAGAAGCCUGGCUGCAAGGGACUACGCAUCACCACCGAGGCCUGCUGGGGGCGCUGCCACACCUGGGAGAAACCAGUGCCGGAUCCCCCCUACAUCCAGCGGCACCACCGUGUGUGCACGUACAGCCGUAUCCGCCACAUGACCGCCCGGCUGCCGGGCUGCCAGCCCGAUGUCUCCCCCCUCUACCACUACCCCAUGGCCCUGCACUGCCACUGUGCCAUCUGCUCCACGCAGGACACAGAGUGUGAGACCUUCUGAGGGACCCAACAGCACUUUCAGCACACAACGUUACCAAGUGUUGCACUGAUAACCAGAGUUAAAACGGAUGGGUGGGUUACGAGACUUCCUGAGGGGCUUUCUGCGCACUGCCAGCAAGAAGUUUGCAUGUCACGAUACCUGACAUUAAGUAACAGCCCUGUCGACUGAAAUCUGUGUGUGUAUCAUUAUACAACAUGUGUCUGUAUGUAUGAGAGGAGAAAUGAUUAUUCAAAAUAAAAGGGAUGAAAAUGAA